AUGAAAGUAGAUACGGCAUCAUCGUCAUCAUCUGCGCUAAAUUCCACCACUAACAAAACCCUAGCUGAUUCUUUUGUGGCAGUCAAAAAUAUGCUGACUGGCCGUCUCAAAUCCCGGUUCAGUGUCCCCCCAAGAUACUACAGACAACCUCCCAGUGUUCAGCUGACAUACACGCCGUUUCAGAUUAUCUUAGUGGAUGAGAUUUUUCAGAGUAUCACCGUGUCUUCUACGAUAACUUUGACAUGGAUAGAUUACAAUGUUGGCUGGGACCCGAAACAGUUUCACGGCAUCCAGAAGAUCGAUAUGCCGACCAAUCUCUUCUGGACUCCAACCGUGCUGAUUCCCAAGGCAACACAGCGGUCAGGGGUACAGUUAAAGAUGCCACCAUCCCUAGAAACAUCAUAUGAAGGAUAUGUUAAAGCGUUUAUACCAGGAUUUACUUAUACGCUGUGUAACUUGAACAUGGCGAAAUUCCCAUUUGAUACUCACAACUGUACCAUCGUUUUUGUCGACAGAGAUCAGUACAACAUUACAGCGGAUACAAUGUCCAUUGAAAAAAGAAAUGAUCUUGGCACUAAUGUAGCGUGGAUUUUACUGGACUACGGUUGUAGCUCUACAAAAGUACAUAUACGCCGGCGUAGUGAAUUUUACGUCGCCAAUCUAUUGACACCCAUAGUUCUAUCGUCUGUGAUGACACUAAUGGUGUUUUGGAUUCCAGCGGAAACGGAGGAAAAGAUUUCAUUUCUGGUGUCGAUGUUUACAUCAGCUUCUGUGUUCUUGAACUAUAUGAUCGACAUGAUCCCUCGAAGUGUGGAAGUCCUUCCCCAGCUUAACAUUCUCGUGUUUGCAAUUCAAGUUCAGAUUAUUUUAGCCACAGCGGCAACAGCUUUCGUGUUAAGACGAUACAAAAAGGAACAGCAGAUUGAAAAACAACGUAAAAUACUGGAACUACUAGGACAGAGAGAAAGGCAUAAAACAUUGCCCACGCAAAACAAUGAACGGAUUGACCCAAGAACACAAGGUUCAUGUCAGUCGUGGCGUAGAAACAUAGUUCAUCCUGAACCAACAGGGACCAGUAAUGUUCCACAGUUAUCUGAUCCCAGGGCCAAGACAACAAGACAACUUAACAACGUCUUUAUUUCAGACAUAGCUGAUCCACUGGUUUAUGUUAAUCGUAACAGGGAUAAAUUUUCAGCGAAUGAAGUCCACAAGGUAGUUAGAGAAAACAGCAAGCAAAGCAGAAGUCAAAUUCUGACAUACAAACAGUUGGAUACUUUGUUUUUUAUAAUUGUUCUAGCACUGACGCUUGCUGUUUAUCUGCUGGUCUUUUUAAGGUCAUAA